AUGGCCGAGUCACAGAAUAAGAAGGAUCUAGCCCAUGCUCGGUCCAAAGUCAGCUUUAAAAUUGCCGAUAUGACUAACUAUCUCUACGGUGGUGCUGCCAAUGUGGAGCACCGUAGGCAUCUCAUCAGCCUGAUUGCUAAUGAUCCUGUCUUCAAUAAGGACGAUUGGGGUUGGUUAAACCACACAGACGCUGUUAAGCGUGGCAUUGCCAUGUCGACACGUUUGGCAGAGCUCAUGAUGGAGCACGAGUUGAAUGACCUUGACUUUGCCACCAUCGUUGAGGCUAUUGAUGACCCUCUCCCUAUCGUGCUUCAUAACGGGGCCUUUAUUCCAGUGAUCAACUCUCAAGGAACCGAUGAGCAAAUCGAGAAAUGGAUUCCUCCUGCAGAAAAGUUCCAAAUCAUUGGCUGUUAUGCUCAAACAGAGUUGGGCCAUGGAUCUAAUCUCUCUAAGCUCGAGACCACGGCUACGUUCAUCAAGGAGACCGACGAGUGGGAGAUCAACAGUACAACUUUCACAGCCGCAAAGUGGUGGAUCGGUGGGCUAGGCGCACUGUGCACACAUGCUGUUGUCCAAGCAAGGCUCUUUAUUGAUGGCAAGGAUUAUGGUGCUCAUGUGUUUGUUGUCCCCUUGAGAUCGCUGGAGGACCACAAACCCUUCCCUGGUAUCCAGAUUGGAGACAUCGGACCUAAGGCUUACAACGGAUUCAAUAAGAUGGACAACGGAUUCGCCCGCUUUACAAAGUAUCGCAUUCCUCGCGAGAACAUGUUGAUGCGAUUCUCCAAAGUGUCCCGUGAUGGUGUUUAUACUAAGCCUCCCCAUGCGAAGCUAUCCUAUGGAUCCAUGGUCCUGCUGCGCUCGGUCUUGAUCAAGCAGAUGGCCCUUUAUCUCUCCCGCGCCACUACUGUCGCCACUCGCUACUUGACGGUCCGUCGCCAGUUCAAUAAUCCAACCUCACGUAGUGCUGAUGACCCUCAUCCUGAGCUCGAAACCCAAGUCAUCAACUAUCCCAUGGUUCAGAAUCGGCUCUUCCCAAUGAUUGCUCAAGCAUACGCCUUGUUUGCUGCCGGUUCCUGCAUGAUGGAUAUGUACAUCAACCUGAUGACAGGCCUUUCCUCUGGCAAAAUCGAUGCUUUAGCUGAGGUUCAUGCCAUGUCUUCUGCUCUCAAGUCAUACUGUACUACUAUCGGUGCCGCAGGCACAGAGGAGUCUCGCAAGCUCAUGGGAGGACACGGCUUCUCCUAUUUUACUGGUCUCGCUCAUUUGUUUGCGUCGAUCGUGCCUUCAAAUACGUACGAGGGUGACAAUUAUGUGCUCACUCAACAGAUGGCUCGAUACUUGCUCAAGGAAAUCAAGACUGCGCGUGCUACCCCAGAUAAGGUCACACCCUUCUCUCGUUACCUGCUCUUGGGAUUGAACAAGAAUGCGCUCGAGCGUACUACUUGCGCAGUCGCUCAGCCCGAGGAUUGGCUCAAGCCCGAAAUCCAGCUCGCAGCAUUUGAACAUCGUUGCGCACGUCUAGCUUUUGAGUUGAGCGAUGCAGUUGACCAGGCAGGAGAAGAUCUAGCCAAUGUCAAGACCUGGUCUGAUCACAACAUUGAGUGCUACCGUAUCUCCCAUGCACAUGCACAGUACACUAUGGUCCUCUGGUUCAUUCAGGCAAUCAGGGAUGCUCAGGACCCCGAGACCGAUCCUGAGCACCGUGCCGAACCUGCGUCAAUCAAGGUAUUGGAGCGGUUGUCAAACCUGCAUGCCUUGCACACGAUUCAGACCAACCUUGCAGAUUUUGCAGAAGAUGGAUAUCUUUCACCAGCACAAUGCCAGUCGUUGAGAGCACAGGUCAAGGCGCUGGUAGCAUCGCUAGCUGACGAUGCUGUGGGUCUCGUUGACGCUUUUGAUCACCCAGAUUAUUUGUUGAACAGUGCGUUGGGCGCUAGCGACGGAGAUGCAUUCAAGAGAUUGUGGGACAAGGCUCAGACAGAACCUUUGAACAAGAGAGGAGUUUGCGAUGGAUAUGAAGAAUAUAUCCGACCAUUGCUUAAGAAGCAUGGCGAAUUCAAGUUGUAAAACAAAAGAAGAAAAGAAUAAAAAUUCAAAAUAACUUAAUAGAACUCGUAGACACUCAAAAGAAGAUAUAGAUAUU